AUGCAGUCGCACUUUGAGGUUUUCGACAAAAUGCUAGAGGAAGUCCAGCAGCUGCGGCUCGAUGCAAUCUACUUCACAAAGCUAACAUCUAGGAUGGAUGGAAGAAUAGAGAAGCUGAGAAAGAAAUGCAGGAGGUACAAGGAAAAGUUUAUCCAAAGGCCAUUGGAAAGAUAUGCCAAAAGGAUUGCAAAAUGCCAUAAGGCUGUGAAGAAACUUCUCCGUAAUAACAGAGACAGCGGAAAAACAUUUGGCGAUGUUGUCACGGGGCUCAAGAAGAGGUGUGAAGAGCUCUGUUCAAGGGCGGAAGCAUCUUUUGAUCUUGAGCAUCCUUCGAUAUCUGACAUGAACUGUGUUGUCAACCUGGGAGAGAUGGGAAAGAAUGAGAAGCUGUAUUGUAGAUGUGGGAGGCCACCAUUCAAGAGUAUGAUAGCAUGCGACUCUCCGGAUUGUGUCAGAAAAUGGUUUCAUUUUGAGUGUGUUGGUCUUGCAAGCACACCAAGAGCACCCUGGACGUGCCCUGAGUGCAGGAAGGCAGCAGCACUGAAUGAUUGA